AUGGCAAGCUACCCGCCCCCGCCUCCGCAGAAUGCGGGCCGCGCCAACGCUUAUCCCAUCAUGGGCAACAACACGUACCAGCAGCAGCCGUACCCCGGCGCUUCGUCGAGCGUGAUGCCGCAGAGCACCACAGCGGCUUCGCAUCCCCAGCCGAUUGCCCCCGCUCCGGCCACGGCUGGUAACCGCGCCCCGCCCGUGCUCCGCCCGAUGCCCGCUGGUGGCGUCAUGUCCCAACCCGGAAUGAACCCGCCAUACAGCCAGAGCCCGCUGAUGCCCCAGAUGCCAGAGGGUGACACGCCGACGCAUGUGGUCGGUUCGCAGGGUCGGAGAGGGAUCUUGCCCAGCGCCCCGGGUAGGCCCGCUGCGCCGGCCGCCGGGUCCGCGCAGGCCAAGAACCAGAUCCCCCAGAAGGACGCGGAUGGAAAGUUCCCCUGCCCUCACUGCACCAAGACUUACCUCCAUGCGAAGCACUUGAAGCGCCACCUUCUGAGACAUACCGGUGACCGCCCGUACAUGUGUGUCCUGUGCCACGACACCUUCUCGCGCAGCGACAUUCUCAAGCGCCACUUCAUCAAGUGCUCCGUCCGCCGCGGCAACCCGACCGGUGCUAGCCAUCUCUCACACCCCCAGGCGCACGUCAAGAAGAAUGCCGCUGCCCAGCAAAAGGCCCUGGGCACCGAGGGCGAUGUUAAUCAUAUUAACGGUAUGGGUAACAUGUCUGCCGACGGGAUGGUUCAUCCGUUUGGCAUCAUUCCCACGUCUGAUGGCAUGAGCAACGUGGCCAACGACCAAAGCCAGCUCUCGAGAUCUAGCAGCAUCAACCGAAUCGCCGACGACGCGAACCGCGAUAGGAGAAGCAUGACCGCGUCGGUUAUGGGCGCGUCGACGCGUCCUGCCAGCUUUGAGCAGCCGUACAACGGCGGCGAGGUCGCGAACAACAUGACGGCGAACAUCAACCCGUCGCUGGCCAACUACAGCAUGCCGCAGAACCAGAACGGGAUGCCCAUGUUUGGAGGGUCAAACUCGACCGAUUGGUCUCAAAUGUUCCAGGCUGGUGCGCACUCUACCUACGUCAAUACGAUCCCACCUAAUACCGGACAGGGACAGAUGCAGACCGUAACCAAACCCGAGCCUAGUCACGGCUCCGUACGAGCGGCUGGCAUUCCUGGCGACCAUUCCACCGACUCAUCCCUCUUCCCCUCGUGGGGAGUACCGUCGUCGUAUCCGAACACUUACCAUCAGCUCUCCAGCAAGAUCCUCAACUUUUUGCAGUCCUCACCCGCCGGUGCUAACACGGCCACCUCCAGCUUCCUCGACUUCUACUUCCAUUCUGACAAUGUCCGCAACUUCCUCGAGAACUACACCAACUUCCAUGCCCACAUCUCAAUCCUGCACAUCCCAACGUUCCGCGCCAUGGAAACUCAUGUCGGCCUUCUGGCGGCCAUGUGCUGUGUCGGGGCUUGCUACUCAGACCGAAUACCUGCUAACAACAUUCGUGAGGUGAUGGAUCUCUUGAAGGCCGCACUCGAAGGCUCGUCUCGCAUGUUCGCGUCCCUGCUGCAAGCUGGCCAGCCGGAGGCCGGGUAUGAGUGGACGUCUUUUGGAAACAACAAGACAGAUCUCGAGGAGCUGCAAGCGAUCAUGCUUACCCAAAAUCUCUUCACCUGGCACGGGACACCGGUGCAACGCGACAAGGCACGGAGGACGUUUCCUCUUAUUGCGUCGUCCGCUCGCAAGGCUGGUCUUCUUCGUCUCGCAACGGACGGCGCGAUGUACAGCAUGGUGCACCAAGCUGAUUUUUCCCUCUCGAACUUUCCAGUCUCCCAGUUUAGCUGGCACGCUUGGGUGGAACAAGAGAAGCGCAUCCGGACCAUGUACAUGAUCUUUCUCUAUGACGUGGCUCUUGGCUUGUACUUCAACACGGGGCCCGAGUUUGAUCCCUUUGAGAUCCGCCUUCCAUUACCCGCCGACGACGCCGCCUGGGAUGCCAACGACAUCAAUGAAUGUGCCCAGGCGCUCGGGCUGCAAGGACCAGAUGCCGCCAAGAUGCGCAAUCCUGACGGCGCGCGGAGAAGCAACCAGCCUGAAGCCCGCUUGGUGUUGAAGGCCCUUCUUGACACCAACUACCGCAUCCAGCCAGAAUCCACCAAUCUGUUCGGAAAAUUCAUCCUAAUCCAUGCGCUUCUGGCCAUCAUGCGGCGAGCUCAACUGGAAGGCGGCUCGGCGAUUUUGAAUCGUUCGAGCACCCCUGUCCCUGCGCAGUCAUGGUUUGUUGGUGCGCGAAGCAGCCCCGCGAGUAGCGGUAGGGCAACUCCAGUCGAUCUUGGAGCCAACCUUCUGGAUGCGCCCACCGUAAAGGUGCUCAUGACGGCGCUGGACAAGUUCAAGAACAAUUGGGACCACGACAUGGCAGCCCAAUUCCCACCUUCACCGGCCGUCAAUCCCCGCAGAUAUGGCUUCACUCGGGAUGGGAUCCAUUUCUAUUGGUUGGCAACGUAUCUUCUCAAGAGCACGCGGACAACGGACCUGCAGAUGGCGCCGGACCAGCGGUUCGCCUAUGUCAUUCAUCUCUUGAAGUCGGUGAAGCAAUGGGUUUUGACAGAUGGGGCUUCUCGAGGGGAAGAACUGGGAUCUGUUGGAGAUAUUGAUGCCUCGUACGGGGCCAAGGAUGUGACGCUCGACAUGACGCAACUCUUUCGACCACUUUCGACGGUGAGGAAGUCGCCAGGUUUUUCAACUGCUCCGGGAGGGGGCAUGCAGAGCCAGCAAUAA